UGAACAAUUUUAUGUUAAGUUGAGAGCCGCUUUGACACUUAUCGAUAAGUUCCAAGGCAUUCCUUGUUAUUUUCACGUUCAAUCAGCAUCACGCGUACUUCUCUCUCUGUUGGAUACAUUUUGAUUUCGCUGAAACGAUGUCGCAUUGCAAGGAUUAUGGAAAAGACAAAGUGAUUUUCGCCACAAAAGAAGACCACGAAAAGCCGAGCACAGUUGAAUUGCCGGAGACGGAGCGAGCGCCUGGUUUGAUUCUACCCGAUGGAGAAAUCAAUUGGAAUUGCCCCUGUUUAGGUGGCAUGGCAACAGGCCCGUGCGGAGUUGAAUUUCGAGAGGCGUUUUCAUGCUUUCACUACAGUGAAGCGGAACCAAAAGGUUCCGAUUGUUACGAUCAAUUCGCCACGAUGCAAGAGUGCUUCGCCCGAUAUCCAACCGUAUACAAUAAAUCCGGCAGCCCCGAUGAUGAUGACGAUGACGAAGGGAAAGAUUUGGAUCCAACAAACUUAUUAGCAACACAAAGCAACGUCGAUACUGUUGAUCAGCUCGAAGAAACAGACAAAACUCCAAGUGUUAAAAAUGAUAAAUCAACGGAAACAACAAGCAAACCUAAAGUUUAAUCCCACAUAGCAAAUAAAAUUGUAGUUUUUUCGGAAUGAAAGUAUAAGCAAGCAUGAUUUUGUGUCAAUGCAAAAGAUAUAAUAAAGAAUAUGUUUAUUGACUUAUUCAAAGUUUAAAA